CUAACAAGUAACCACAUGGGAGUGUUUGCAGGGAGACAGCAGAUACAAGAAACUGCUCUUUUAACUUACUUGGAAUCUGCUCCAAUUUAUGCAUCUGGGAAGUGUUUUAAUCUGCAUUGGAUCAAAUCCUCCUCACUGGAUACCGACAUGGCUACAAAACUCCCCACUCGAGAGGAAUGUGAGACUUGGAUAACUUCUCAGAUUGCAGAUCUCCUAAGAGAGUUUGGAAUGCCUGAAUCUGCUGCAGUGGUGGAAAAACUGAAUAUCAAUGGCCCCCAAUUUCUGAAUAUAACUGACUAUGAGCUGAAAAGAUUCAACAUAAUGCACCAGCCGAAACUUCAAAAGAUGGUCCAUGAUAUCAAGAAAAAUGAAACAGGAAUAAUGAGCAAGUUCAAAAAGUUCCAAACUGAACAAGUGGCCUUAAUUUGCAAAACUGGGAAAAAUACUUGGGAUCGGCUAACAAAUAAACCACCACCACCAAAUGUUCCACGAAGGGAUUAUGCUUCAGAACAUGCAGAUGAAGAGGAACAAUGGCCAGAUGAUUUUGAUAGUGAUUAUGAAAAUCCAGAUGACCACUCUGAUUCAGAGAUGUAUGUGGUUCCAAGUGAAGAGAAUGGCGAUGACAGCUAUGAGCCACCUCCAACUGAGCAAGAAAAAAAGAAAAUUCCUUCAGCAUUCCCAAUUUCUAGGGGAGAAUAUGCAGACAAUCGCACUAGCCUCCAGCCACCUCCACCCAUAAUCAAGCCUCUACCCAGCACACCAAGUCAGUCUUUAUCUAAACCCAAGAAACCAUCUAAACCAGCUGUGCCAUCACUGUCUGCUGCUCCAAAGCCAAAAGUGCCACCUAAGCGAAAUGAGCGUGUCGAAGAUGAGGAUGAUUAUGUUGUGCCAGUAGACGAUGAAGAUGAUAACUAUAUUGAGCCUACAGAAAGUAGCAGUUCACCAUCUCCAAAACCUCCUGUGAACAGAUAUAUGAAGUCAACAACAAAACCAGUUCCUAUCCCUGCAAAGCCCUCUCCAGCUUCUGCCAUUCAAGAAGUCUAUGAAAUCCCUGAAGAGGAGGAAAAGCCAUCGCCACUAAUGAACAGGAUCACUAAACCACUCCCUUCCAAGCCUUCUUCAAAUGCAAAACAUCCUCAUACCCACAGCAUAGCUAAGGAGCCUCUUCAGUUGGACACUUCCAGACCUGUAAUGCCUGUUCCCAGAAGUCGUCAUCAGCAAAAAGCGGAGCGUGACAGGUACGAUGCACAUGAUAAUGAUGAAAGUCAUGGCAGCAGUGGAGCACAGGAAUCCAGAUUUCCUUCUGGUGCAGCUCCAUCACCAUUACCAAGGGCCAUAAAGAAAACCCCUAAUCCAGUAAUACCAUCUAAACCAAGUUUGCCACCCAGAGAUAACUUGAUUGUCAACGAAGAGGUACCUACAGUCGAAAGGAGCAGAGGUUCCACUCAAGAGAUCCCACUUCCACCCCUACCUGGAGCCCAGAAGCCAUUACCUCAAAAGCCACCAACCUUGCCAAAAGUACCAGACACUGGAAGUCGCAUUGUGGGUACACCUCCACGCAGCAGCCUUUCGGCUGGUUUGAAUACCACAGACCAGGAUGCUGGUGUUCAUAGUAAAACAUGGUAUGCUGCUGACUGUGAUCGCAAAACUGCAGAAGAUGCAUUAUACAGAUCAAAUAAGGAUGGGUCUUUUCUAAUAAGGAAGAGCUCUGGACAAGACUCAAAGCAACCAUAUACACUAGUUGUGUUUUAUAACAAGAGAGUUUAUAAUAUUCCUGUGCGAUUUAUUGAAUCAACAAAACAAUAUGCACUGGGCAGAGAAAAAAAUGGUGAGGAGCGCUUUGACAGUGUUGCUGAAAUAAUAGAAAAUCAUCAGCGCACAUCCCUUGUUCUAAUUGACAGCCAAAACAACACAAAAGAUUCCACCAAACUGAGACACAUUGUACGAGUUUCAUAAUUACAACGAACUGUAACAAAAGUUAAGUUUAAUUUUUCUUCAACUUUUUCAAAGUUUCUGGAUCGAUUGUGAAAGCAAACCAUGCCAUCCAGAGAUACUAUCACUAGAAUGGUCUUUGAAAGUAUCCACCUAGCAAUAAAAAAAAAAAUGCUGUGCAUAAGGACUACAAGCCCAUGCUGUUUUAUCAAAAUAUCCAGGAGUUGUUUUUAAUAAUUACCUAAACAAGGUACGAACGGUUUCUUUGUGGUGUCAUCAUUUAAUGUGGUCAUUCCAAAUUCAUGUCAAUAAAAGAUACACACCACAGAAUGACUGUCAUUCCUUUUUAAGGGAUUAAUUUCCUGGAGAAUAUUUGCACUUGCAAGUGAAGAAAAAAAAUGCAUCCACCUGUGGCAUAUAUCUUUUCAAUACAUUUAAAGAAUUUACUGCUUUCAAUAAAGUAACUUCCUUGCAAAAUCCAUAGCUCUUGAUGUUAGAAUGGCGAUACCUAGGCAACGGACCUUGUAUGCAGAUAGGA